AUGAGUGAGGUGCGCCCCAACAUCUACAGCGACACGCCGCUGCGGAAGGCGGAGAUGGGCCCACCGGGCAUCGCCGUCGUGACAGGCGUGCUUGCCAGCAUCGUUCUACUCCUUGUCGCGGUGUACCUCAUUCACCACUGCUUCUGCAAGGAGGACAGGAAGGCGCCCGUCGACCAGCGGCAGCGUCGCCCUGACAGUUUCCACAACACGAGGGAACUGCAGGCGGUGCGCCUCGACGGCAGCGAGGAUGAUGACGACAACAGCAACAGUGCCACUGAGAGCAACGCUGUUGAGCUCAACUGUUGGCGACAUACCUUCGACAGCCUCAUGUGUGAUGACCAUAAGCGCACCCGCAACUCGGCGGCGCUGCAUGCCAUUCUGUGCGUGCCGCUCGACCUGCAGCUGUGCGACCCGCUUGAAAACGCCGACCUCGCCGCUGACGAGAACCGACUGAUCCGGGCGCGGGAGCGACGCCGUGUGCUGAGUAGUGUGCUGCCCUUGCCCGGCGGCAGUGGCAGUGGCAGUUUGGCCGACGCAAACAACAAUCUGGCGGCACGGUCCCACUCGUGGCACCGGGACCCGUACAGCGAGGGGGCGUGGCUGGCCGACCCGAGCCGUCAGCGCGGCUCGCACAGUCGGCUGUGCGUCGGUCCAACUUCCCACGUGCGACCGCCCGGGGAGCUGUCGGUUGACGCCGAUGCUGUGAUGGACGCGCUGCUGUCGAGCAACGAUCAUCGCGUGCCACGGGAAUAA